AUGGAAGAAAUUAUUAUUUCGAAUGAUGAAGUUUUUGAACCCACACUUGAGGAGUUUUUCGAUUUACACACACUCAUUGAUCUUCUGGAGAGUAAAAACUUCGAUGCGGGUUUUGCGAAAGUUCGAGCUCCUCAACAAUGGCUCGAUCAAUGGGAUGACGUAACUUUGCUACCACCCAAUCUGCCCAUUUCUCCUGUGGCGCAAAAUUUUAAACAGCACGGAGAUGGUUACCUCAUCGAGAAACACCAUUUGAAACGUCCUACUAUGACACUAUCGGAAUAUGUCCAGCGAGUUUCGGAAACUGUGUGGCCCUACUCCGAUGUGGAUGAAUGUGAGCAUCAUUACUGGUCAACAUUGAGACAAAAUGCACCUACAGUUCUGUAUGGAGCUGAUAUCAAUUAUUCAUUGGCACGUGGUGAAGAAGUUGAUGGAAUUCACCGGCCAUAUUUAUACCGUGGCAGCGCUGGAUCGACCUUCGGGUUUCACACGGAGGAUUACGAUUUGCACUCAAUUAAUAUCCAUCUUCACGGCGCACCCAAGGUGUGGUAUUUUGUACCUCGUGAAGAUGGAUAUCGUUUUGAUCAAAUUGUAUCCAGUCUGUUCCCCUAG